AUGGAGGAAGAAAAUAACGGAGUGCUCCCUUUCCUCGACGUCCAGGUAUCGAGUCAGGAGGACGGAACCCUCCAGACUGGUGUCUUUCGAAAGGCCACAGACACGGAGAAAAUUCUUCAUUACAACAGCAAUCACCCCCUGUCGCAUAAACGCAGUUGUGUCCGGACCCUUUUUCGCCGCAUCUACACACACUGCAGCACAGAAGCCGAGAAGUUGCGGGAGCGUAAAACCCUAUGGCGCCUCUUUCUUGCCAAUGGAUAUCCGCGCAGUUUUGUGAACAAAUGCUUGUACCGAAGGUACACGAAGACGGACGGUGAGAAGAAACAAAGACCAGAAAUCUUCCGUGUCUUGCCCUACGUGAGUAACGUCUCCGAAGCCACUGAGCGCAUGCUAAGGCCGCUAGGCGUGGGCGUUGGUCACCGACCGGAGGCCGCCAUCCGCCGCUUAAUCAUGCAGCCCAAGGACCGGCUACCACCUACAGACACGUCAGGCGUCAUUUACCCCGUCAAAUGUCUGGACUGUCCAGCCAACUACUGUGGCAUGACCGACAAACGCCUAAGAACGCGCAUGCAUGAGCACACUUUGGCCGUAAGGCGAAAGGACGUACUAUCGCAUGUCGCCAUGCACUGCCUGGAAAACAAUCACAAGUUCGACUUUGACGGCGCCCAGGUGCUCGGCCGAGCCGAAAGCAAACUGGCGAGGGAAGUGAUCGAGGCCUGGAAAUCAGACACGAACUCUAUCAACCGAAGUAUCGAUUUGCCAGCGCCAUACGAGGCCGUCAGGCACCAUCUACGCGCGAGAGGGGGGCCAACGAGAAGCGAACGGGACGAACCUAUCGGGUGA